ACGCUGCAAAAUAAGUUUGAGAAAGGAAAAUUUUGGACCUCUAUCUAAUCACUGACAUACUGGCUCUCUCUCUCUCUCUCUCUCUCUCUCUCUCUCUCUCUCUCUCUCUCUCUCUCUUUUUCUUUUUGUUCAGAUUAAAACAAUAUCUAAUUUUCAAAAUAACUUGUGCAGAUUUUUUUUUUUCUCCUUUUUCUAUGGGUUUUUCUUUUCUUUUCGAUAUUUUAUUUUUGAAAGUGGGUUUUUUUGUUCCUGUUAUCUCGGUGCAACUUUGUUAAGCUCUAUAUAUAUAUAUAUAUAUACAUGUAUGAGAUUCGUGUACAUCAAGCUCAUAGAUUCAGAUUCUACUGAAAAGUCCAAUAUUCUCACCGUUUUCCAUAUCUACUUACCUUCUGAGAGGGGUUGGCUUAAAGAAAUAUGGAAAACCUUGAUGAAAAUGGACCUCCUGCCAGGCUUGAGGGGAAGUAUGGUGCAAUGGUAGUAUGUUGGCUUCUUGGAAAUGGGUGCCUUUUUUCGUGGAACAGCAUGCUUACAAUAGAAGACUACUAUGGUUACUUGUUCCCGGAUUACCAUCCGUCAAGGGUUCUCACGCUUGUGUAUCAGCCAUUUGCCCUGGGAACACUUGCAGUACUGGCGUACCAUGAGGCAAAAAUCAAUACUAGGCGACGGAACCUGUUUGGAUAUAUUCUGUUUUUCUUGAGUUCUGUUUUGGUAUUAGUUUUAGAUUUAGCAACAUCUGGUAAAGGAGGGCUUGGAACUUUUAUUGGAAUAUGUGCUAUAAGUGGUGCCUUUGGAGUUGCAGAUGCUCAUGUUCAGGGUGGGAUGGUUGGAGAUCUUUCCUUCAUGCUUCCUGAAUUUGUUCAAUCUUUCCUUGCUGGUUUGGCUGCAUCAGGAGCUCUAACCUCUGCUUUGAGGUUAAUUACAAAGGCAGCAUUUGAGAAUACCAAGGAUGGUCUUCGCAAGGGAGCUAUUCUAUUCUUUGCCAUCUCUGCUUUUUUUGAGCUUCUAUGUGUUCUUCUAUAUGCAUUUGCUUUUCCAAAAAUGCCAAUUGUUAAAUAUUACCGCUCCAAGGCAGCUUCAGAAGGAUCUAAAACUGUCUCAGCUGAUCUUGCUGCUGGUGGCAUCCAGACAUUACUUGAAAUAGAUGGGGAAGAUCCUAAUAAACUACAGCGGCUAAGCAACAAAGAACUGUUAUUUCAGAAUAUGGAUUAUGCACUUGAUAUGUUUCUGAUAUAUGUGCUAACAUUAUCUAUUUUUCCUGGAUUUUUAUCUGAAGAUACUGGAUCUCACAGUUUGGGUACAUGGUAUGCACUGGUCUUAAUUGCCAUGUACAAUGUGUGUGAUCUUAUUGGAAGAUACAUUCCACUCUUUAAAUUCCUGAAGUUGACAUCCAGGAGAGGACUGAUGAUAGCGAUUCUUUCUCGUUUCUUACUCAUUCCGGCAUUUUAUUUCACUGCCAAGUAUGGUGAUCAGGGCUGGAUGAUAUUGUUGACGUCCUUCCUGGGUCUAACUAAUGGCUACUUUACUGUCUGUGUCCUUACUUCUGCACCCAAAGGUUACAAGGGACCGGAGCAAAAUGCAUUGGGAAACCUUCUGGUAUUGUUUCUUGUAGGAGGGUUAUUUGCGGGGGUCACACUUGAUUGGUUGUGGCUUAUAGGCAAGGGCUGGUGAACAUUUAUUUAUUUAUUUUUAUUUUUUUUGGGGUUUUCUCUCUUGCUUAGUUUCAGAUUGUAAGUGUUCGUAAAUCCAGUUUUCUAGGAAAAUUUACAAAUUUUGAUCAUAGGUGGUGAUUUAUAAUGGAAAUGGUAAAAAUUAGUGGGCAAUCCGCUGUAACAGAAUGGAAAAAUUGGACCAAUCCCUGCUUAUUGUAUUCUAUGUCUUGACCGGAAUUUAUGUACAUUGUUUCUGAAUAAGUGCAGGAUAAACAACUGAUUGUUCUUUUA